AUGGCAAUGCCGAUUGUUGACGAGGCGCGAGCUGCGUCACACAACUGCCCUCGGGCGACCUCAGAAGUCGGAUUAGUCGCCACCAGCAGCAAGAACCGGUCCGCCAUGAAUAUUAACUCCGUCAUGCGAUCCGGAACCUUAGAUGGUUAUCAUGCAAUCCAUGGGAGUGAGAGCAAUGAGCAACAAUUACCGGGGCCAGGCGUCGCGGCGUGCGCUCGCGCCGGCGAUUGUUUACGGCGAGCACGCGCGAUGCGGCGCGUGUCCCCCCGCGCCCCGGCGGCAGCUGCUCCGCACAGGUGGCGCGUGUGGGAACUCGACGGCUCUGCGCGUUCCCACGAUCGCGCGCCCUCAGCUCCCUAUAUAAGCCCCCGCUCUACCGUCUCGCCACAUUCCGCGUUCAACGCUCAGCGC